AAGCCCCUAGAUCUAGUUCUUUCUGAACUGCCGCGUCGCCGCGCACGGCAUUUGCUGCGUCCAUCAAUAGGCACCUUUAAGCAUUUCAUGUGCGACAGGCUUGAUUGUGAAACACAUGUAUGUAAGUGUUUCUAAUUAUUGCAAACCAACUCCGUAAUUGAUGGUUAUGUUUUGAUAAAUACAACACGUGAAAAUUAAUAUAUAUUAAAACAAAAUUAAGUUGUGCUUUGGUUUUUAUACGUUAAAUGAUAUUCUUACGCAAAGCUGUUAUCCAAAAUGGUUAAAGCUAAAAAACAUUUGUCUGAAUCUUUACAACAGAAAAAUAAGAAACUAAAUCCAUUUGAGGUGCACAUUAAUAGAGACAAACAGAAAGUGUUGGGUCGCAAAAGUAAAAAUGAUUGUGGACUGCCAGGAGUUUCACGAGCGAAAGCAAUUAACAGGCGUAAGCAGAGUCUUCUUCAAGAAUAUAAAUUACAAAAUAAAGACAAUGUUUUCAUAGACAAACGUAUUGGUGAGAAGAAUUGUGCUAUGAGCAUGGAAGAUAAAGCAAUAGCAAGAUUUGCUACAGAACGCAUAAAAACAUAUAAAAAGGAAAGUAUUUUUAAUUUAAAUGAUGAUAUUUUGACACAUAGAGGACAAACUCUUGAAGAAAUUGAAAAAUUUGAUGAUCCAAAGAGUGAUGAUGAAUUUAGUGAUAAUGAAAAUGUUAGUGGCAAGCUACAGAAAAAUUUUGUAGAAGCUCAUUUUGGUGGAGGCACUUUAUCAACAGCAGAUUCCACAUUAUCUAGAAAGGAUCUAAUUGAGCAACUUAUUGUGGAAUCAAAGAAACGAAAAGCAGAGAAACAAAAGAUACGUGAAGAAACUAUCGAUCUUACAGAGAAGCUCGAUUCUGAAUGGAAAGACCUUUUACCCUUUAUGUUUGCUUCCAAAAAGUCUAAGGAGGACAUUGAUGAAAUCACCAAAGCUGACACUUAUGACAUUGCUGUACGGCAAUUAAAAUUUGAAGCUAGAGGUCAUCCAUCUGAAAAACUAAAAUCAGAGAAUGAGAUUAUUCAAGAAGAAAAACAAAAAUUGGAGAAACUCGAGGCUGAUAGAUUGGCAAGAAUGAAAGGAUUUAUGAGUGAUAUUAGUAAUCAGUAUUGGCAUAAAUCUGCAGAUGAUCUUGAGGAUGGUUUUGUAAUGGAAACUGUUAUUGAAGAUAAUGACGACGUUACUUCAAUAACUACUGAAACUAGUAUUAAUGAGGAAAACAGUGAAAUUGAUGAAAAUGUUAAUGAUGAUAAACAAAAAGGGAAUAAAUUGGAAGAUGCUAGUGAUAAGAAAACAGUUAAAGGUAUAAAAAAUAAGAGUAUAUAUACAGAAGCAUCUAAUAUCAAAGAUGAAUCUGAUACAGAUUUGAAUGAUGAAGAUUUAGCGAUUGAAAAUUUAGAUGAUGAGUCUGAAGACGAUUUUUCAGAUUUAAAAAUGUCUGAAUUAUCUAGCGAAGAUGAAAAUAAAACACAAGUUCCAAGGAAAAACGAGAAAUAUGUUAUGUUUAUUAAUGAUUUGACACAAGGUACUAAACAAAUAAAACAAUCAGAUAAGAUUUCUUGUAAAUCAAUAUUGAAACAGAGUAACAAUACCCACAUAUUGAAUUCAUCUGAUAAAAAUAAAAACCAGGAGAUUUAUAUUAAAAACAAUCUCUUGAAGCAAAAAGAGAUUAUGGAACAGGCACGAAAAGAACUACCUUACAUAUAUAAUGUUCCGGAGUGUUUGGAAGAAUUAGAAAAACUAUUAAGCCAUCAGAGUGCAGAUUAUCAAUCAGCGAUCAUAGAUCGUAUUAUAAAAUGCAAUCAUUGGACAUUAGGUAGUAGAAACAAAGAAAAGUUAUCAAAUUUAUUUGUAUAUUUGUUACAAUAUAUAAACAACUGUGCUUUCACGGAGAACAUUGAUGAUUUAGUUAAAUGUUUCCAAAUGUUUGACAGAUUAUGUCCUUAUCUUUAUGAUCUAGCACAUAUGAACCCACAGAAUGCUGAAACCUAUAUACAACAAGUGAUCAAGGAGAAACAUAUUGAAUUUGAAAAAAAUAAGACAACAUAUCCUAAUAUGCAAAUGCUAAUAUUCUUUAAAUUGGUAUCCUUGUUAUUUCCAACAUCUGACUUCAGGCAUCCUGUUGUUACUCCUUGUUUAGUAUUUAUGUCACAAAUAUUGUUGAAAGCUCGCAUCAAGAAAUAUCGAAGUGAUAUUUCAAAAGGUCUUUUUAUAUGUACUCUCAUCUUAGAGUAUACAACAUUAAGCAAACGAUUUGCACCGUCCGUGAUUAAUUUUUUACGGGGUAUUAUCUACAUGGCGACGCCUGCAAAUUUAACACAAAAAAUCACAAUUAUUCCACCAUUCAAAAUUGUGUGUAAAGCUCUAGUGAUCAAUAAGAUGGAAAUUGAUUUAGACAAAAUUGAUCCAAAUAGCGCACAUAUGCUUGCAAGUGAUUUAAUUAAUGAAGAAUUAGAUGACGAAUUUAGAAUAAGAGCUUUAUUGACUACAGUUAAUCUGCUUAUUGAAUUUAAAAACCAUCUUCAAGAAUUAGAAGCAAUAUAUCCGAUAUUUGAGCCCAUUCUUCAAUUGUUAAAAAUAAAUGAAUUCAAACAGUAUUCAGUAAACAUAAGAAAUCAUGUAAAAGGACUAUGUAAGGAACUCGAAUUUCUACGAAAAAAGAAACUGGAAUAUAUUGUGCUUAAGAAGAAAAAGCCAAAACCUUUAAAAACAUAUGAGCCAAAAAUAAUGACAGUAUAUGAUGAUAAACGAUAUAAGUCUGCAUCAAAGGAAAAAAUAGAAAAGGAAAAAUUAUUGCACAAGUAUAAGAGGGAGUUUAAAGGUGCAAUUCGUGAAAUAAGAAGAGAUCGUGACUUCUUAGCCAAAGUACAAAUCGGGCAGCAAAUUAAGAGCGAUGCUGAACGCAAACAUAAAGUGAAAGAAAUUUUCGGCGAAGCUGCCAUACAGCAAAGCGAGUUUAAAAAGAUGAAGAAGAGAAAAUGAGAUUUACUUCAAUAAAAUAUUUGAUUUUAAUUUUACAAGGACAUUAUUAACAUUAAAGGAAAUUGCAAUAAGUGAUAAUUUUUCUUUAGGCUAGUCGCCACAGCUAUAUUGAAUUUGUGAUGUUAUAAGCAAGAAAUUACAUGUAAAAGAGCGAGAAAAACACGUUUCUUUUACAUGCCAUUUCUAAAUAAAAAAAAAUUGAAUAAAACAAAAUAAUGAGAUUACUUAUAGAAAUAUGUUUCUAUUUUCCUUUUCUCUUGUGAGAGUCAGUAUAUAGUCAUAAAAGAUGAAGUAAAGCCUAUUCAACCAGGAAACAUGGAUAGCCGUUGAAAGGAGUGAAAAAUAUGCUUUUAUGUAUAGCAUUCAAAUAUAACUUUACUUGCAGUCCAUUUUUUACGAAUUUGGUAAAUACGAAAAAAGCCACAUUUUCACUCUCAAGCACAUAAUAACAAAAUGGCAUGCAAGGCAAAAUUUCAUCGUCAAAACAUCACUUUUCACAUUUUUUAAUUCUAAUUUUUUCUGCGAGACUACGUCAACGUGGUUAAUUAUUCAGGAGCUUUAAUUAUGAGUAAAAAUAAAACAAAUUGCUCUAUUAUUAAAUUAUUAUAUUUGAAUCUGAUAUUUUGCUAACGAGUAAAGCUUUUUAUUGGACCUCAGAUUUCAACCGCAUAUGGUUUUUCCGAAUCUAUUUCGAAGGAAAAUAACAACCUAGAAAGAUUUCCGUCUGAGAGUAGGCAAUUCGCUGUGGGCAUGGGAAUGAAUUUUUGAGAUUUUUUGAUAUAUGGAUCUUAUUUUCCUUAUUAUAUAUUUCAGGUCACAGCUCAUGAAUGACUGGAUCGAUUUUCAAUUGCAAACAAGCAUCUUUAUUUCGAUGAUCCUAAUUCAUUUUGUUUCGAUGCUUGUUGUACUCUUAGAACAUGUAGUAUAUGUUCUAAGGUUGUACUUUGAACAACCAUUGCGCAUCUUGCGCAGUACAUACCGAAAAAUCUCAAAACUUCAUUUCCAUGCCUACACCGAACUGCUUACUCUUAGACGGAAAUCUUUCUAGGUUGUUGUUUUCCUUCGAAAUAGAUUCGAAAAAACCAUAUGCGGUUGAAAUUGAAUCUGAGGCGGCUCAAUGGAAAUCUUGACUCGUAAGAUGCUGGAGUGUAAGCGUUUUGUAUUUGUAAAAAAAAAAACAUUGUACUAUAUCAACUUAACAACACAUACAACGCAUGUAACGUAUUAUACAUAAGCGUAUGUAUAUCAUGUAUAUGUAUAUACAUAAAAUAAAAAAAUGCAAUAUUUAA